CCCAGAUGGAGCUGGAGAAUAUCGUGGCCAACACUGUGCUGCUCAAGGCGCGCGAGGGUGGAGGUGGGAAUCGAAAGGGCAAGAGUAAGAAAUGGCGCCAAAUGCUACAGUUCCCACACAUUAGCCAGUGUGAAGAUCUUCGGCACACAUUGGAGCGGGACUACCACAGUUUGUGUGAUAAACAGCCAAUUGGACGUCUGCUUUUCCGGCAGUUUUGUGACACACGACUGGAACUUAUGCGCUGUGUCAAGUUCCUGGAUGCUGUGGCUGAGUACGAAGUGACCCCAGAUGAGAAACGGAAGGAGUGUGGGAAGCGCCUGAUUGAAGCAUAUUUGAACCCUAAGAGUGUUGACCACGUCUCUGAAGUGCCCUUGGAGCUAGUAAAUCUGUGUUCUGAGCGACUGGAACAGGAACCAAGUAAAGAACUCUUUAAGGAAUCUACCAAGCUCAUCCAUGACUACCUUAGUGUGACACCUUUUGCUGAUUAUCUUGACAGCGUUUAUUUCAACCGCUUCCUGCAGUGGAAAUAUCUGGAAAGGCGACAUGUAACCAAGAACACUUUCCGUCAAUAUCGUGUGCUAGGGAAGGGAGGCUUUGGAGAGGUUUGUGCUUGCCAGGUGCGGGCCACUGGAAAGAUGUAUGCCUGCAAGAAGCUUGAGAAAAAGCGGAUAAAAAAGCGGAAAGGGGAAGCCAUGGCCUUAAAUGAGAAGCAGAUACUGGAGAAAGUGAACAGUAGGUUUGUAGUGAGUUUGGCCUACGCCUAUGAAACAAAAGAUGCAUUGUGCUUGGUCCUGACUCUCAUGAAUGGUGGAGACCUGAAGUUCCACAUCUACCACAUGGGAGAAGCAGGAUUUGAAGAGCCACGAGCUGUUUUCUAUGCAGCUGAAAUCUGUUGUGGCUUGGAAGACCUCCACCAAGAGAGGAUAGUCUACAGGGACUUGAAGCCAGAGAAUAUUCUACUGGAUGACCAUGGUCACAUCCGCAUUUCUGACCUGGGGCUAGCUGUUCAUGUUCCAGAAGGACAGACAAUAAAAGGUCGGGUUGGAACUGUUGGCUAUAUGGCUCCUGAAGUCGUGAAGAAUGAACGGUACACAUUCAGCCCAGACUGGUGGGCCUUAGGGUGCCUACUUUAUGAGAUGAUUGAGGGCCAGUCUCCAUUCCAGCAGCGCAGGAAGAAGAUCAAACGUGAGGAAGUGGAACGUCUGGUGAAGGAAGUCCAGGAGGAGUAUUCUGAGAAGUUCUCACCUGCCUCCCGCUCACUGUGUUCCAUGCUCUUGUGCAAAGACCCCCUGGAAAGGUUGGGAUGUCGAGGGUCUGGUGCUCGGGAGGUGAAGGACCAUCCUCUGUUUAAACAUCUGAAUUUCAAACGGCUGGAAGCUGGGAUGCUGGACCCACCUUUCAAACCUGAUCCCCAAGCUAUUUAUUGCAAAGAUGUCCUGGAUAUUGAGCAGUUUUCCACAGUCAAAGGGGUAGAGUUGGAACCAACAGACCAUGACUUCUAUCAUAAAUUUGCAACAGGAAGUGUCCCUAUUCCCUGGCAAAAUGAGNUGAUAGAUACAGAAUGUUUCAAGGAGCUGAAUGUAUUUGGUCCAGAUGGAGCCAUACCUUCUGAUCUGGACUGGAAGGGGCAGCAGCCUACCCUUCCCAAAAAGGGUCUACUCCAGCGUCUCUUCAGCCGACAGGACUGUUGUGGGAACUGCAGCGAAAGUGAAGAGGAACCAACUCACCUAUGAGCUGGCUCAGAAAAGAGGGCAGUAGCUUACAGUCAAACACAUGCCACCAGCAUGUGCAUGGCUCAUCGUUUCAGGAUGGCAGCAGAUUCCCACCCCACAGGGGAAGUGUUCUAAGACUGGGGAGAAGAGGAACCUCUGCAGAAACCUUCAGUGUACUGCCAAGGAGCCAUCUUGCUGCUACUCUUCCAUGAUGAUAGGGUGAUGAUGGCAGGAGUGAAACAUUCCAGGGCUGGCCCUGACCCCAAUCUUUGACCUCCCUUCUGCUCAUCUGCUGGAGUUUGGUUUUUUUUAUAUUUAUAUUAAUGUAAAUGUGAAUGUAUGUAUAGAACAUAUGUACAUUCUUAAUGGUUGGAAAAAGGGUCUUUCUGCAUUUCCCUCUGCACUUCCCUCUCUAGCCCACCAUCACUGCUUCAUCUUAGUGAACAGUGUGCACCAGCCUUCCCCUGGAUAUGAUGAUGGAAGAUGCUAAGGUGUGGCAGGUAAAAUGAGAGAGCUGCCACUGCUGGUAUAUCCAAUCUGCAAGAACAAAUGGAGGAUCCUGUCCCCAACUAUUAUACACUGUUGACUUGCUAUGUUAUCACAAGGCACUGUAGAAAUGAUGGCAACCAUUUUUGGUUUCCCUUUGGACUUGCAGAUAUGUCUAUUGUUUAGGCAGCAGCCCCAGAUUGUUCUUGGAUGACAAUCUCUGAAUUUUAUCUCUGGAACUUGGCUUAAUGAGGAUAACAAAUCCUAGAAUAUCAAGUAUAGUUCCAUUACAACUAGUGACAUUACACUGGUUUCUAACUUUAUUUCUGUUGUGAAACUCAGAAAUAAUAGGGAUUGACAUGACCAAGUAGAGUUGAAAAGUGUUCAUAUCUCCUCCUCAGAGCCUUCAUGAAAACUAAGCCUUUUUUUCUUCUUCCCUUUCUUGUACUACUUUGCCCUCUUUCCCCUCCAAAUAUGAAGUGAUUCUGUUAUCUUUAUUCCUGGUUGUUUUGCAAACUGCCAGCUGUACUCAUGAAAUAGAAUACAUAUUCCUUAGUCUGGAAGCUUGAGCAAAGAGCCAAGCUAUGUUGAAGUGGGAAGUCUGAGAUCAGAUCUUCUGGCAUCUUCAUCUGCCUUGUAAAGCAGGUAGAAGUCUCUAUUUUGGAGCAACAUUGCUGAGGAUAGAGGUUAAUCAUGUUUGCUUGCACAACUUCCCCGUUCAAACUUGCAAACCCCAAACUGCUGUUAGGCUUGCAAUAGAUGAAAUAUAAGCACUUCUCUUGUCAUGCAGUGGGGCAAAUGCAGCUUUGGAGGACCAAUUAAUUUGCCCUUUGGCCAGGAGCACAGUAGAAAUAAAACAGUUGGGAGAUCCAAAGACAGAUGCCCUGGAGCUCAUGUAAUUUGACCCAAAGUCCUGAUCCACUUUCCAUAUGGUAAUCUUGUAUGUGGUCUUCCAUGAUUUGGAGCCCUGGGCCCACCCAGAACUGCACUUGUGCCUUCAUGAUACUCUCCUGAGCAGGCCUAUUUCAGGCCUGCUUAGUGCUGGGAUUAAAGUUUCUAGUCUUAUCCUUGACCCAUGUCUAGAGUGCAAAUCUUCCAUCUCCCAAUAGCUAUUUCCAGCCUCAUCCUGUAUUUGUGUAGCUGCCUCGCUUUGGGACAGGUAAUUCCAUUUCAUACUUCACCUGUGGUACCUCAUGCUAAUAUUGCACUGUACUUGGGAAUACUGAAACUAUUACUAUUGUGUUAAUUGUUAGUACUGACUCGUCAUUGCUGUGGUACAGAAGGAGAUGGCGUGAAUACAUCAAUAGGUGCUGAACAAUCUCCUGCCGAUGCACUCUAGGAAUGUGGAACAUCAACUAUCCUGCCUUUCUGUUAUAAAGAGCAGCCACCAUGCACACCUUAGUGUAUGUCUGACCGCUUUCGUUACUGCCUUUCACCCUUGGCGGCUCUCUCCACCUCUUGAUGCCUCUGACAGACUGCUUUUCACAGUCUAGUAUAUCUGCUGUCUUAGUUUUUUCCUUGGAAUUUCUAGUGGAACAUAGUACAGGGAGUCCCCGGGUUAAGAAUGCCCGAAUUACAGACGACCCAUAGUUAAGAACGGAGCCUA